UCUCCUUCUCCUUUCUCUCUUCUCUCUCGUUCAACGGGCAAAGUUUUUUUCGAAUAUAAGUUUUGGUUUGUUUUUUAACGUUCCCUUCUUCUUCUUCCUCGCGAAUUCGCUUAUCUGGCGAUCACGAUGAGCUCAAGUUCGAAUCCACCGGUUUGUUCACCGGAAAAGGAGGAAAGAAGUGAAAUGAAAAUUGAGAUUCAAUGUAUGGAGAAUAAGCAACCAUUAGCUGCUUCUUGCUCUUCUGCAUCCGAAGGUAGUGGCUGUUUCUUCCUCAAGUCACCUGAAAUCGCAACUCCUGCCACAGUAUCUUCAUUUCCUCGGAGGACUAGUGGACCUAUGAGACGAGCAAAAGGUGGUUGGACUCCAGAGGAGGAUGAGACACUUAGACGAGCAGUUGAAAAGUAUAAGGGGAAGAGGUGGAAGAAAAUAGCGGAAUUUUUCCCAGAGAGAACAGAAGUCCAAUGCUUGCACAGGUGGCAGAAAGUUCUUAAUCCAGAGCUUGUUAAAGGACCUUGGACUCAAGAGGAGGAUGAUAAAAUCGUUGAACUUGUAAAAAAAUAUGGACCUGCCAAAUGGUCUGUCAUCGCCAAGUCCUUACCAGGUCGUAUUGGGAAACAAUGUCGAGAAAGGUGGCACAACCAUUUAAAUCCUGGUAUUAGAAAGGAUGCUUGGACCGUAGAAGAAGAAUCAGCUCUCAUGAAUUCUCAUCGAAUGUACGGAAACAAAUGGGCGGAAAUUGCUAAGGUUUUACCAGGAAGGACUGAUAACGCCAUAAAGAACCAUUGGAAUAGUUCACUGAAGAAAAAAUUAGAGUUCUACUUAGCAACUGGUAACUUGCCACCGCCAGCAAGCAAAUUCAUCGUUCUGAAAGAUAUUGCUGAUGGAGACAGAGAUUCCAAGCAGUCUAGUGCAACUAAACCUUUCAAGGAUUCUGAUUCGCUUACCCAAACCUCUUCAGGAAAUACAGAUUCAAAUGAAGUUGGAAGAGACCAUUUUGACUCUUCUUCCGCUCUGCUUGAAGAAGUAGCUGCUUCACGAAGAAUCGGUGUCAAUGAGUAUGCUUGCUCUCCUGUUGAGUACAAGCCUCAGUUGCCUAAUCUGGAACCAAUUUCAGAGGAAGUCAGAAUCAACUCAAAAGCUUAUUUUGAGAGAUCAAUCCAGAGGAAAGUAGAAAACGGGUUUGGAACUCCAAAGCAUGGGAAUUUAUACUAUAAGUCUCCACUUGACUAUUACUUUCCAUCAGAAGCGGAUCUGCAACAUAUGUACGGAUAUGAAUGUGGUUGCAGUCCCGGUGCUGCAUCACCAGUCAGCUUAAUGACUACACCCUGUAAUAAAGACAGUGGUUUAACUGCAACGAGAAGUCCUGAAUCUUUCUUGAGAGAAGCUGCUAGGACUUUUCCAAACACACCUUCUAUUUUUAGGAAAAGGCGAAAGGUUGUUUUGGCAGCGAAAACAGAUGCUGUUGUUGUUGUUAAUGGUGUAGUUAAGGAAGUUGAUCGAAAAGAAGAAAGUAAAGAUAUGAGAAAAAGUUUGUUGCUGGAGACAACUGAUAAUUGCAGUGAUGAUGAAGAACUCGGGUUAAAUGGAAAUGCUUUCAAUUUGUCUCCACCAUAUCGGUUAAGAGCUAAAAGAACAGCUGUAAUCAAAUCAAGACAGCUUGAGUUUACAUCUGAAAAGGAGAAGCAGCCAGAUAAUGAGAUUGAGUUUACAUCUGCAAAAGAGAAGCAGCCUGAUAAUGAAAUUAAAACGUCUGAGGAAGACAAGCCUGUGUAGAACCCUUCUUCCCUUAGAAAACUAGAUCGUGUGAAGAAACCAGUAUGGUUCCAGAAGAAUUGAAGCUUUGCUGGGAAGAGAACCGUGAAGAAAAACAAUUCUCAUUCUCUUCCUCACAGCCUUGAGCUAUGAAUCUACGGCUUUGGUCUAACACCCGAACUAAAAUGAAAUAGGUAGGUAGGUACACUCACAAGUAGUUUAAUUUCAUCGUUCACAUACAUGGUGUCCUGUUUACGUUUAAAAUGAUAAUUGUGCAGAAACUAGUUUUAAAGGAUUAGAAUUUUGGUUAAUUCUUUUUUAUUUUUAGGGCUUUUGAGUAUAUGAUGUUACAUAGUUGACGAAGACACUGAAAAUUCUUCCAUUUUCGGACAUCGAAGUGAUAUCAGAACACAACACAUUCGUUUUGAUACUAUCCUUUCUCUGGAUCAAUCUGUACAUAUAUCAAAAAUUUUACAAAUAAACCUUCUCAAAAUCAACACUUUUUUUUUAAUCAUUGGGAUGUUUAUCGACCAUUUUCAGGUAGUAAGCCUGAAUAAAAUAAAAGAAACAAUGCAAAUCUGCGCACAGAGA